AUGCAAGAUAAAAGAAGUGAUUCUUCUUCUAUUCUUAGAUAUGUUCGUGAUGAUGUAGAAUUCCUUGGUGCACUAGUACCAAGGGUAACAAUCAACUCACUAGUCAUUAGAGAUGAUAAACAACAGCAGCCAACAAUAGAAACAGUAUCAUCGAUCAUUAGAGGAGUAUAUAAUAUUCCUAGAAGAAGAUACCAUCAUUUAUCAAUCGAUUUGCCAUGUAUUGAUAACAAUCAACUAUCAACUAUUGUCAUGUUGUCUGCCAAAGUUGAUGAUUUGGAUACAUUUAAAUUGCUUCUAUCAACCUUUACACAAUCAUUUAUUCAACACUUGCAUUACUCCAACGACAACUCCUUCUUUACCCAACUCAAUACGAAUCGCACCGUACAUGAGUCAUUAUCGGCAUACCUUGAAUACAUUGAUUGGUAUAUUCAAUCACUUAUCGCCAGUCAUGCCAAUGUUGAUAUAUGGAUUGCAUUGACUGAUUGUAUCAGUACCCAUUGUACAGUAAAUGUAAUCAAACAAAAUCGAGGAGGAGGAGGAGGAGGAGGAGGUAUAUUCAACUGGGUAACCUCAUCCAUUCUCAAUUACUUGAUGGGAAAUAAUAACAAUGAUAAUAAUAAUAAUAAUAAUAAUAAUGAUAAUACUACCUCAUCCUCUACACCUACAUCUAUACCACCAGAAAAACAAUCAAUUAUAGAAAUAGACCUACUCGAUCAUGUAUUGGAUAAUGACAUUGGAAUGGAAAAGUUAAAUCAAUAUUAUAUAAAGACCAAAUUGGAAUUAGAAAGUAAUUCUUCUAGCACACUGUCUUGUUGGAUGAAUGAUAGUCCUGAAUACGAGCAACUUGAACACCACCAUCAUCAUGACAACCAAAAAAUAAUAAGAGAAACAAUCAUUCAUUUAUUUAACAAAAUAUCUAGUAAUAGUAAUAGUGAUAAUCAAUCAACCAACCUAUUCAACCUAUUAUUUACCACCACUGGUAGAAAGAGUUGUAAACAAUGUAUUACUAGUAAUAUUGAUCUCUUCAUCUCCCUCUGUAAAAUGAAUCCAACCAUUGGUUUACAAUAUUAUUUUCUUUAUUGUCCAUUAAAAAAUUGUAUUAAUCAAGAUGAAAAAGAGGAAUACCUCCAACAACAAGUCCAACUUCAUUAUCAUGCAUUAUCAACUUUAAUAGAAUGCUACAACACAAAUAAUUAUAAUCAAUAUCCAAAAUUAAUAAUAGAUAUUAAAACAAUUCAUUCAACUAUUGGAUCACUCUUUGACAAGAACAAUCCUUCAUUCCUUCCUCCUCCUCCUCCUCAUUUAGCAACAAUAUAUUAUUUAUUUUUAAUAUUUGAAUUCAAUUAUCAAUAUUUAUUAAAAUUGGAAAUGGAUAAAAGAGAAAUCAAUCAUCAUAUGAAUGGAUCAAAACUAAAAGAAAAAUCAUAUAAAUUAUUAAUUAAGCAUGCCAAUCAUCAUUACAAUAAUGAUACCAACCAUUUUAAAAAUAAUCAUCAACAGUUUAUAGAUUAUUUAUUAAAUCGAUGUACGUUGGAAAAUAUUAGUAAAUAUGGUAAUUUAAAAUUGGUGCAAGCGUCAUGUAAUGAACAAUUAAAACAACAACAAAAAUAUAAUGUUGUUAGUUUGGCCAACAAGGAUUUAAAGGUAUUGGAAUAUGUGGUGGACAAGUUGUCCAUCAAACCAUACAAUCAAAAAUUAACAUUUAAUACAAUCAAGUUGAUAGAAAGAUUGGAUAAAAUGGUUGACAAUGAAGAGUGGCGUCAUCUAGAGAUGGUGGUCAAUAACUUUGACCGACCCUAUGACAUUAAAUACACAACGUUGCAAAAGUUGAUGAACAAGUGUCAAUUUGGUAUUGUAGAUAAAAUAUAUGAUUCACAACAUAAUAUUAGAUUUGUUGAACCUCUUUUAGCGAUGACGGUAACGGUAACAAGUGUCAAGAUGGCAUCGUAUUUUAACAAUAGUAUAAUUGUGCCUGGUAAAUUUAUUGGUGACGAGCAAGAUAAAAAGGAUUUGGUCGGUUACUUUUUGGAUGGUGAUGAAACGUUUUUCUAUGGAAAUACCAGCGAUCUUUUCCAACAAAUGACAAAAAAUGCUAUUAUGUAUAACGAUAUUCCUAUGAUUAAAUAUCUUUAUCAACUAUCGGGAGCUAAUGGUAAAAAGUUUCCACAGUUGAAUCUGGAUAUCAUUGUUAAACAAUUGAAUGUAGAAUUAUUACAAUUGAUCAUUUCUUUGGAUAUGGAUAUACAAAUCAAUAGCAAAGAGGCAUGUAUCUUGAUUGAUAAUAAUAAUAAUAAUAGUAAUAAUCUUAUUAUUAUUGGUCAACGACAUUAA